AAAAGUCGACCUGUGUAUCCCUAUAUAGGAGAGCAUACUGAACACAAGAGACCUCAGCGAAUCUUUAUUGUCGUUAACUAUUGGAAUUUACUUAAAUUUUUUACUUAAACUCUUUGAAUUACCAGGAGUCCUCAAUAAAAUUAACAAUUCGUGAAUCUUGGAAUAAGAUUCCUAGUGUCGAAUACAACUCGUGCCUGUGAACACCCACAACAGUCGUUUAAACGGUGGAGACAACACCAAUCUACCAGCAACACAUUUAGAAGCACAUCGCAGCCGCUGACGACCAAGUGACGGAGAAUAAAGCAAACCAGCGUCCAAAGGAGCUAUCAACCAAUAAAUCCACAAGUGUUCAACACACAUUUUUAUCCAAGGGAUACGUUUUUCAAACAGUGCUUUGGCGGAAGAACUUUAAGUAGAAGCCCCCAACAAACAACACCAUCUACUACUCACUCACGAUAAUGGAAAAAGUGUCAGCAAAACAAAAUGAAAAUUCAAAACUAUCGUCUACUACUGCCGCUAAGACGAAAAAGCAGCAGCAGAAACAAAAUAAGCAAGAGCAAAAAUUGCAACAGCAGAAGGAGCUUCAGCAGCAGCAGCAAAAGCAAAGUAAGCAACAACCACCACAACCCAAACCAAAUCCCCAGCAGCAAAAACAACAACAAAAGCAAAAAGAAAAAGAUAAGCAGCAGCAACAACAGCAGCAGCAAUCUAAAGCGAAAGAGCAACAAAAACAAAAAGAGCAACAAUCGACUCAAAAGCAAAGUAAGAAACAGCAAAAGAAGCAACAGAAACUGUUGCAGCUCGAUCAAAAUGGCCAGAAUGAUGAUGGCGAUAUGUCCGAGUUGGAUUCCCAAAACCAACUCUCAAACUCACCAUCGCAGAAUGACUUUGGUGGGGAUUCGUCGUCACAAAAUGACGAUGGAACCGAUGCCUAUGGGAACAAUCAGGCAUCGCAUUCUCUUUAUGAGUUACAGGGUUUGCCACCGCUGUCCCAAUACGAACUCCCCGAGGGAAUGUCCACCAAAGCACCGUCGUUUUGGCAAUACGAGUUGCCCCGGGAACAAUCGUUUUGGCAAUAUAAACGAACCGAGGCUCUUACGACACAAAAUCCACCGCCAUCAACAAAACCACCAUCCCAGCCUCAGCAGUACGAACUGCCUUUGGAACCGUCUGUAGCUUUCCCGGAGCUACCAACGUCUUCAUCGCAGUCGCAACAUGCUGCUCCCAAGGUGCCAUCCGUGUGGCAGUAUGGCUUGCCAAUUGCUCAGCAACAUGAGCAGCCAAAGCCUACACCGCCUCCACCAACUCAUGAAGAGUUUCCAAGUAUCUUGCCGCAUAAUGCACAGAACGAGGUACCACCAAGGAAUCUGCCUUUGCCUCAUAUUGAGUAUGCAAAGGCAGUACUAUCGGCUCAGAAACUGCAACAACAGCAGCAACAGCAUCAUCAACAGCAGAUGCAGCAGCAACAACAACAACAUGUAAAAGCAAAAGAGCAACAAGAACAAAAUAUUAAACAAGAAAAACAAAAAGAGCAGCAACAAGCCAUGGCAAAAUCUAAGGAACAACCACAGCCUCAACAACAGCAACAGCAGUCUAAGGCUACUAAACAAAGUAAAAAACAACAAAAACAGCAACAAAAAAGCCAGCAAAAGCCGGAACAACAACAAGAAAAUCAACAAAGUAAACCAAAUCAACAGCCACAACAAGUUGGACAAAAUGACAAUAAAGAUGAGGUAGAGCAACGAACGGACUCACAAAUGCAGCAACAAAGCCAUCAAAUCACGAGUUCCCAAACGACUACUGGAGAACUGUCCGAGUCCUCUUCGCAAAAUGAGUUGGAAAAGUCGAUUUCAAACUCGCCUGUGGGUAAUCAGCUGCACGGUUCAGUAGAAAUAUCAGGACCACAAGAAAAUGAAAUGCCUCCUGUUUCCAUGGCAACACAGGGCGAAAUGACUCUUCAGCAACUAGAACAACAGCAACAACAGCAUCAGCAGCAGCAACAACAACAACAACUACAACACCAACAGCAAGAGCAACAUCAACAACAACCACCAAAUGAUAUUCCUCAAAUACCAUCUCAGAUGGCGUCCUAUGGCUUACCGAUUCCCCCAUCGCUGCAGCAAAUGUUCGAUUUACAAUUCGAACAAGCAAAAAUGCAGCAACAGCAGCAGCAACCACAAUCGAUGUACGAUGUUCCCCGACCUAUGCCUAUUCAGCCGUUUGAUUUGCCUAGAACACAAUCGGUUUGGCAAUAUGAACAACCGGAUGGUGCCAUGCAGUCACAAUAUCCUUUGCCGAAAGGACCUUCAAUGUCGCCCUUUGAGCAGAUCCAACGACCACCACAAUCUCUGUGGCAGUACGAAUUACCAAAGGCGCCAUCGCGCUCGCUUUACGAUAUGCCCGAGUCUCCUUCGCUGUCGCAGUAUGAGUUACCUAGAGCUCCAUCACAGCCUCAGCCAUUUGAUUUGCAAGAACCCUCGCCCCAAUCACAAUAUGAACUACCUAAGAUACCAUCUCGAUCCCUAUAUGAAAUGGCCAAUGCUUCUAUGAUGUAUAGAUACGAAAUGCAAAAGGCUGCUGCCUUAUCGCAUAACGAUAUAUCGAAGAUGCCUCCUAACCCAAUGCAAUCGGACCUACCAAAGGUGCCCCCACGCUCUCUCUACGAGAUGGCCGAUUCAUCGCCACAAUCGCCAUAUGAACUAUCCCAAUCGCCAUCACGAUCGCAAUAUGAAUUGGCUAAGGCCACGCUGCAGGCUCAGUUAUUGCUGCGAGAAGCGUCGACGCUGUCACCACAAGACUUGCAAAAGUUGCCGCCACAAACCAUUUACGAACUUCAGAGAGCUUUGCUCUUGACCCAAUACAGUGAGAUGACGCAGGCUCAGCAGUUGGCGGCGGCCCAGGCACAGGCACAAUUACAAGCCCAGCAAUUAUCCCAGGCCCAGCAACUAUCCCAGGCUCAACAAAUGGCACAACAGAUCCAACAACUAUCCCAGGCUCAAGAAAUUGCAUCGCAUUUCUCCAUGCAGAAUGCCCACUCAAGAUCGCUGUAUGAACAACAACAACAGCAGCAGCAACAGCAACAGCAACAACAGCAGUCCCAAAAGGAUGGUCCAACGCUUGUGCCCUUCGAUAUGACUGAAAACCAGCAACAAGCACAACAGGCACAAUAUCAAGAGUUGCAGAAAUCGGCUUCACUUUCGCAAUUUGAGAUUUCAAAACCAACAUCUCCACCGCAAUUCGAUUUGACAAAGACACCAUCUCUGACACAGUUUGAAAUGCCAAAAUCAUCGACACCGCCGCAAUAUGAUAUUUCCAAGUCCUCAUCCUAUGAGGCGCCCAAAGCAGAAGCAUCGCCCUCGCAAUUUGACCAAUCCAAGCCAUCGAACAACUCGCAAUACGAUAUGACAGAUGCAUCAGAAACUCAACAACAGCCACCGAAUGAGCAGCCUUCAAAAUCUGAUUCGCCCACAAAUCAAGACGAGGAACCAAAAACACCUUCGCAAUCGUCUCAAAACGAAAUGACAAAGUCAACUUCACCCUCACAAUUUGAAUUGCAAAAGGCAUCAUCCCGUUUGCUGUAUGAACUACCAAAGGGUCCAUCGCGUCUGCUUUAUGAAUUGCCAAAGGGGCCUAAAAGUGCCGAAAAACAUGAUAUCUCCGAGAAACGCGAAAAUCAUGUCAAGUCGGAAAGUCUCGCCGAGAAGCCAGACCGUUGGGAGCGGGCUGAUCGUUUCGACAAAAGUGAUCGUUUCUUUGACAGAAACGAUAGGUGGGAGAGAAGUGACAGUAGAUUUGAUAAAUCUGAUCGUUUCUUCGAUAGAACCGAAAAAUGGGAGCGCGGCGAUAGUUUUAUAAGAAGCGACAGUAGAUUCGAUAAAAGUGAUCGUUUCGAAAGAAGCGACAGUCGUUUCGACAGAAGUGAACGAUUCGGUCUACGCGACGAUAGAUUCGACCGAGGCGAUAAGCUUGAAAGGAGCGAUAGAUUUGAAAGAAGUGAUCGCUUUGACCGCAGUGAUCGUUUUGAACGAAACGAGAGAUGGGAAAGAAAUGUUAUUGCCGACAGUCCCGGCAAGCUAGAGAAAUCUGAAAGGCCAUUCGAUUUUCAUAGUCGACAAUUUAAUACGUAUCGUUUGUACGCUUCUAAAAAGGACAAUUCUUUGACAGAGACUACUGGUUUGUCGUCCAAAAAUCAUACUUCAUUGGACACAUCGAGUUCGGAUAGCAACAAGCCGACUCUCAAAGCAAGUCACAAUUUCAGUAAUUAUCGACAUAGCUCGGAAAUUUUCGAGAGCGACGAAGACGAUAUGGAUGAUUAUGAUGCCGACAAGAUGCCACCCAUGGAGGUGGAUCCCGAUGAUCAUCCAUUGCAACAUGAAUACUGGUUAUGGUAUUCACGCAAAGGUGCACACCGUGCCACCGAUUAUAGUAAAUCAUUGCGCAUGGUUGGACGCUGUGCCACCAUUGAACAUUGGUUGUCACUCUAUUGUAAAUUGAGACGCCCCACAGCCUUAAAUCCCUUCCGUGAGUUGAGUCUCUUCAAAAAGGGUAUUCGGCCCAUGUGGGAAGAUCCGGCCAAUUCGAAGGGCGGACAAUGGUUGAUACGUUUACGUAAAAAUCAAAUUGACAGAGCGUGGGAGGAUAUUUGUAUGGCCAUGUUGGGUGAGCAGUUUAUGGUUGACGAUGAGAUUUGCGGUGUAGUAUUGACUACAAAGAUUCCGGAAUGCACCUUAUCCGUUUGGAAUCGCACUGCCUCUGAUUAUUUCAGUACGACACGUAUCCGUGAUACACUCCGGAGGAUAUUAAAUUUACCUGCUUCUGUGCCAAUGGAGUAUAAGAUACACUGUGAUAGCCUUAAAUAUAUAGCAAUAAAUAACAAAGGGACUGCAAAAAGCUGAAAUUUGAUGAAUUUGUGUUAUAACAAUAAAUAAAAAAAGAAACAAACAAAAAAAAAACAGAAAACACUUUAAAACGAAACUUCAGAAAACCAACAACAAAAUAUCAAGAUGUAAGGACUAAAGAGACAACAAAAAUAAACAUGCAACAUGAUGUUUACCCAAUAAAAGUUAUGUAAAAAAGUUACAAAAAAAUUCAAAUUGAUUAUUGUAAAUCAAAACAUUCAAAUGUUACAAAAACAAUAAAAACGUGUAAACAGCUAAA